UACAUGUAAAUGCACUUCGGUCACACGGGUCGGGUGCACUUAUAGCGGUGUAGACUUGCCCAGGGUAUUGGAAAAAUUGCUUCCUGUCCGCUGGACAAUGUCGUCAUAGUAACAGUCUCAUUUGUCGUUAUUUAUUUUUUAUCUGUUGUCAGCAUGGAUGAGUUUCGAAUUUAAUACCUCGCCCGUAAGUCUGUCCUAUAAAGGGGUGCGCCGAUAUUAUAAGAAAACUAAAAACAGUCGUUGUAAUAAUAUAUUGUGUGUACCUAUACAUAAUAAUGAUCUCUGGACCCAACUCUUUGUAUGAUUUUUUUUUCUUAUCUCAAAACGAAACAGUCGACACAAUAAAACUCGAUUUGCACAGUCGGUCACAAUAUUAUAAAUGCGUCAUUGCCACUGAACCGACGAGACAUUGUUGUACGACAUUGUUUUUUUAAAAUAAUAUUUAAAAGAAAAUUAUAAUUUUGUAGUAAAUGUAAUUUUGUUUUGUUUUGUUUUUGAAAUCAUAAGCAUAAAUGUUUUUUUUGGUAAAUACAAAAAUCGGAUAGUGUUUCAAAAUGGCUAGAAGAGAAGAUGUUUAUGAUUAUUUGUUUAAAUUUAUUGUAGUCGGCGAUGUUGGCGUAGGAAAGACAUGCAUAACUAGACAGUUCCUUUACCAUGAAUUUGAUACUAAAGAGCUCUCGACCAUUGGUGUAGAUUAUGGACACAAAACGCUAUCCUUGUACGGUAAGAAAAUCAAAAUAGCCAUUUGGGACACUGCUGGGCAGGAGGUCUUCAAAUCGAUUGCCAGGUCGUAUUACACUGGCGCGGCUGCUUGUAUACUCGUGUACAACAUAACCAACCGUAAUUCCUUUUUGCACGUCAGCGAAUGGCUGAAAGAAGCUCGCCUCAACUCCAACUCGAGAAUGGCGUUUGCGUUGGUCGGCAAUAAAACAGAUCUAGAAGAAAACCGACAAGUGGACCGAGUGGACGGCGAAAAAUUUUCCACGACAAACAGUUUGUUGUUUUUCGAAACAUCCGCCAAAACAGCCGAUAAUGUGUCUGAGGUAUUUGAAGAAUUGGCCAGGUACUUGUACAGGAAAGUCAUGAGCGGUGAAAUCGACGUCAACCGACCGAUGUCAGGCGUUCGAAUAGGACGAAAAAUAAGUAAAUCUGAAAAAGUAAAAAACCACGCGAGCGAUUGCUGUUCAUCGAAUUAAUUUACCUUAAUUUGCUGUUUAAUUACAAAUAAGACAAAAUAUAAAUUAAAUCCUUUGUAUACACUUGUACGUUUAUUUGUUAAUGCUAUUUUUUGUUUUACCAGUAACCACCUAAAAAAAAAGUCGAAAGUAGGCAAAGUA